AUGAAUAUAUUUGAAUUUAUAAAAAAAUAUUUUAUGUUUAUUUUUUUUAUGGUAUACCGUUUUUUUAAUAUAAAAUACCCAAUAAAAAAAAAAUUCAUAAUAUUUGGAUUACCUUCUUCGGGGAAAACUUCUAUAAUAUACUUUUUCAAGCUUGGAUAUCUUAUUACAAGUGUAAAAACAUAUUUUAUAAAUGAAGAAAAAUUUACAUUAAAAAUAAAGAAUGAUAAAAAUCAUGAUGAAGAAAAAAAUUAUGAAAUAAAUUUUUAUGAAAUAGGACAUAACUGUUCUUACAAUUUAAUAAAAGAAUAUGCAGACAUAUCCGAUGAUAUAAUUUAUAUUGUUGAUAGUAUACGUAAAGAUAAAUUGUGUGAAUGUAGAGAAGAUUUUAUAAGAAUAAUAUAUGAUUUUAGAUUUAUAUAUAGAAAAUGUAAAUUUUUAAUUUUUAUGAAUAAACAAGAUUCGAAUGGCUGUAUAAAGCCAGAAGAAAUCAUAAAUUAUUUUGCUUUACCAAAUGAAUUACAAUAUAGAUGUAAAUUUAUAUCCUCAAGUACAUUAUCUGGACAAGGCUUAAACGAAGGUUUAGAAUGGUUAUUAAAUUAUAAUGUUUUUUCUGAAAAGGAGGAGAUUAUUGAAAGACGCAAAAGGUUAUAUGAUUAUUAA